AUGGCUAUUGCCGUGGAGGAUUUUGUCAGAGUACUAAACAAUCAGAACAACAAGAAAGGCAUGGUUUUUUCCACUCUUCUCAUUUUAGUAGUUGAUUAUGGUAUAAAAUCAAAUAUCUUGGUUGUGUCUAUGUUCAGCGCGAUUCAAAAUCAUCAGACUUUAAAGGUGUUGCAGGCUUUUCAGGUUACUGCUAACAGCUGGGAAAGUGGCCUCUUUAUCUUAUUUCUUGUUGUAUUUGCAAUAAUUGCUGAUGGUUAUGAUCAAUAUUGUUAUAAUCAACAUAGGAGCACUGUUGGUGAGUAUUUCAUUGUUUUGGCAAGUGUUGGUGAGUAUUUCAAUUUUAUGAAAAGGGAAUGGUCGUUUGGUUCGGAGAUGAUGGAGUUCAAUACUGGAUAUUCCCGUUCGAAUGAGAAACAUCCAUCGGAUUGUCGAAAAUCCGCUGAUAAAGGGGAAAGGCCUGUGGAAAAAGAUGCAAGUGCUUCUGCAUUUGUAAAUCAUGCUGCAAUCGCUUGGCACGAGAACAGAAAAAGGUGGACUGGGGAUAAAUCGCAACAAUCACAAAAGAUUAGCAAGGAUCAAGUUAUAAGCUGGUCCACAACAUACGAAGAGCUUCUCUUAACUAACGAGCCAUUUUCCCAGCCAAUUCCUUUACCGGAAAUGGUAGAUUUUCUCGUUGAUAUUUGGCACGAUGAUGAGCUAUUCGAUUAGAUGUCUGAUGAUGGACGAUGAUGAAGUAUCGACAUGGGAGACUGUUAGAUGAUUAGAGGAGUUCUUCUGUAAUAUUUUUUUGGGCAUGGAAAACCUUUUUUUAGUUCGAUUAAAUGAAUUUUAAAAACUUUU